AUGACAAAAUUCAGAGGGGGACGGCACUUCUCAACCUAUGUUAUAGCAGACGCCAAUAGCGGCGUUCUAGGAUUCGUCGACAUCGCAGUCGACCUCCACCCUGGCACGUUUGUGCAACAGGCCAUGAAGGGGCCGAUCAGACCUCAACGGUCUGCAAUUUGGUUCGACACAACGUUUCCAUCUCUAGGGAUAUCGUUACCCGACGCCGAGCGCAAUCUCGACAUUCUUUCGGACUCUGACAAGAUGGAGAAAUGGAGUUCUCCAGCUAAACAAAGCUUGGCUAUUUCUUGGCUUGGCUACGAGCCGUGGCAGGCCGACUUGUCUGUGUGCGGUCAGAGUGGAUGUUAUCGAAAGCCCCUCGCGCAUCGGGUCGCGCUGCUCGUGCGUCAGUUCAUGAAUCAUGCGAAGCGGCAGACAGGAGCAUGCCCAUCGUUACCCAUUGGGUCCAAUGGAAUCACCGCUGACGAUAUAGUCCUCAUCGGGCUUGUUGAGGUUGAUGCAGUGGCUGGCACCUGGCAGCCAAUUUUUCGGUUACGGUCCUGGUUCGCAGAACCGCAGGCCUAUAACUUAUGGUGA